AUGGCUAAGAUUGUGAACAUUCGUCGCGACGUUGAUGACAAGUUCUACCGAUACAAAAUGCCAUCCCUUCUGACCAAGAUCGAAGGGAAGGGUAACGGUAUUAAAACUGUCAUUCCCAAUAUGUCGGACGUCUCCAGGGCUCUCAGUCGCCCCCCAACCUAUACUACGAAAUUCUUUGGUUCUGAGCUGGGCGCUCAAACGUCUUGCGAUGAGAAGAACGAUCGCUAUAUCGUGAACGGUGCUCAUCAAGCUGACAGGCUCCGCGAGCUUUUGGAUGUCUUCAUCGACAAAUUUGUCCUUUGUGCAUCUUGCAAAAAUCCUGAGACGGAUCUUGUGCUUACCAAGAACGAAGACAUUAUUCGUGAUUGCAAAGCAUGUGGUCAACACACGGGUAUUGACAUGCGUCACAAACUUGCCAGUUACAUCCUUCGCAAUCCUCCCAAAAAGGCUAAAAAGACCAAAGGCACGCACGCCACCGCAUCGAAUGGCGGUGCUACCGGAGGGAAUGGAAGCCCCGAUGAAGAGGGUGGGUCGGAUGAUGAAUUUACCAAGAAGCUCAGGGCCGAAGCCGCCGUACUUCCAACCGCUGAUCAAGUCAAAGUCGACGAGAACGAUUGGUCCCUUGAUACAUCUGCUGGCGCUGUUCGUGCCCGCCAGAAGACACUGGAAGCGUCAGUUGCUGGCUUAACACUCGGCGAAGAAGAAAGUGAAGGUGAAGACCCUGACAGUCCUUACUCGAUCCUUGGCAAGUGGGUUGAGGAGAAUCGCGAUGGCAGCGCCGUGGGCUUCUACAAGAAGGCGGAGGAGCUCGGCGUUGAAAGGAAGAGCAAGGCAGUGCAAAUCAUUGCUCAAAAGCUAUUUACCGAUGAUGUGGUUAAGGAGUUGGAGAAAUUCGCACCCCUGUUUAAGAAGAUGGUAACAUCUGAAAAACACCAGAAGGCCCUCAUGGGGGGUAUUGAGCGCUUCGUCGGCGCUGACCAGCCGGAGCUCAUUCCCUUGAUCCCCAAGAUUCUUAUGGUCUUGUACCAGGCCGAUAUCCUGGAGGAAGACUUCAUCAAGCAAUGGGGUACUCAUGUGAGUAAAAAGUACGUUGACCGGGACACAAGCAAAAAGGUCCGCAAGGCGAGCGACCCAUUCUUGAAGUGGCUUGAAGAGGCCGAAUCCGAUGACGAAUAA